AUGGCCACGCAGCGCGAGGGCCGGCUCGCGCAAGCCCUGCAGGCGUCCGUCGGCUACCGGCCCCAGGCCGCAAACGUGCGCUGCUCGCUGUUCCCGCCCCGACGGAGGCUGACUGUGCUCUUCGGUCUCGGCCCGGACCGCCUGGCUGCCCUCAUCCAGCACGACUUCCUCCGGAAGGACUUCCCGCGCAUCCUCCGCACCAGCCACGCCUACAUCGCCCACCACCAUCCCACCCUCUCCCGCGCCGGCUCCGAGCCGACCAGGAAACUCGCGCUCAUCCUCGAAUCCUCCCUCGUCUGCCUCAAGAAACUCUCCCUCCUGGACGAUCCGCCCCGCCAGGAUCUCUUGGAACAGUUCCUGGAAUGGAGUCGCCCCUUUUACCAGCUCGUCCCCUCCCUGGGAAUCCCUGCUGCAAGCCUGCUCACCCAACUCAACAAACCUGACGAUGCGCUGAAAGCGAUCACGCCGGCGCUGCUCCAUUCAGGCUCGCCCCGGAUCCGGGCGAUCGUCAAAGAAGCCAUGGAGCGUUCGAGCGAUCCGAAGGCGAGUGCGACAGGGCUAGUCCAAGAGCUGCUGCAAGACUCGAACAAACCCCAUUUGAAAGCGGCAAUCCAUCAUUUGGGACUCUCGGCCUUCAUCACCACCGCCGAUCUUCAUUCAUCAUCACCCUCCCCCUCUGCAAAUCCUCCAUCCGGACUUGAUUCGUGGUCUUCUUGUAUCCUCCUUGCCCUCCAAGAAUCGAGCCAGAAUACAUGUGAAUAUGAAGUUAUGAGUUUGUGA